GUUUUAUGUCGUCUGCCCGCUCUCCUUAUUUUGUGUUGUCUCUUUUUAUUUGCAAAAAUUUUUUUUCGAGUUUUGUUUCCGAAUUUUCGUUUUUCGUUCAAAUUUUUUUGUUUUAAAAAAACUAAAAAUUGCUCAAUAUCCAACACCAAAUCCACAACCGGCUCGCGGUAUUUAUGGAUUUGUAUUUUAUUUGGCUUCUUGGAUUUCUUUAAUAAUUUAUCUCUGCUGGGCUUUGAUUGUCUUCUUAAACAUUUUCAUUUGACUUAUUUGCCAGCAAAAUAUUGGGCUGUUGCUAUUCCUUCAUUUUUAAUUUUCUUUAUUUUUGUUUAUAUUUUAAUUUCUUUAUCGUUUAAUGCUCUACAUUUAAAUUAUUUAUUUACUUCUGAUCAUAAUUUAAUAAGUCUGUCUUUGGUCAACGACUUUAUUGACUGGUUUGUUUUUUUUUGGUUUUUUUAUUUGGCUAGUUAGAUUUUGCGAGUGAGCCGGGCUGGAUUAGGCUAGGACUUCCUGCACCCAGAUUGGUACUUUAGGGGUUUUCCCGGACCUCGGCACUUCACCACUCUGUUCUUUUUAUCCAACGUACUGACACCGAAUCCACUGUUGUCUUUUGGGGUUUUCCUGAGCCUGGGUGCGGACUAGGCUAAUGUAAGACUUCCUGCACCCAGAUUCCUGACUGGGUGAUUUAGUGUUCUUCUAGACCUCGGCGCUUCACCACCACCCCGUUCUUCUUAUCAAACGACCUGACACUGAUGUGAGCCAGUUGUUUUUGGGGUUAUCCUGAAUCUGGACGCUCCACCACCCCUGUUCUGGUUAUCUACCGACUAAUGAUCUUCAGAGACGGUAACUCUACUUUCUCUCUUACUGAUCCUUAACUCUUAUUGUUUCCCUGAUUUCCACUUUCCUACAAAAUUUAUUUCAGAAAAGAAUGCCUCUUUACUUAAAAUUGCUUUGUUCUCACGGAAUCCCCACUUUUAUUCUACUCCCAAGAUCAUCUACCAAUUUAAUAUUCCGACUCCAUCAAUCCUCUUCAGCACCGAUAAUGGUAGCUAAAUAUAAAAAAGAUCAGCUUUUACGGGAAUUGAAUAGAAGAUAUGAACGCUCACUAAAUUUUAAAAAGAAACCGAACAAAUUGUCAAAGGAUGGGGAACUACUUCCAAGAAUUGCGUCUAUUGCUGCUCAAAGAGUUUUGAGUUCUGACAAGGAACGUGUUGAAUUAAUUAAUGAAAGGGCUAGAAAUGUUUACAAAAAAGAAUUUAUCAAUAAAACUCAAAAGAAGAACGAACAAGAAAUUUUGCCUUAUAAUAUUGAACAAAAUCCUGAUUUGUUUGAUAAAAGUGGGGGUGAAUUGGAAAAGUCUUCCAAAGAAUUUAAUUCAGAGACUAAAGAACAGGAUAGAAGUGAUGUUGGUUUCUUUGUUUCUGACAAUAAAUUUUGUGAUGAUUAUGCGAGUGCAACUACUGCAGACCUUCCAGAAGAUGAAAUGACAGAUCCAAUUUCGAAGGGAAAGAAUAUUCCGUCAGAAGAUGCUUUAGAAUCUGGUGAAUGGUUGAGUAAUUAUGGAACAACCGAAAUUAAAGAGGAACAACUCAAAAAUAUUAAAAUUCUUGAUUCGAAAUGUGAAAGUUGUGGAGCACAAUUUCAUUGUCAUAAUUCUUCACUUCCCGGCUUUGUCCCUUUGGAGUUGUUCAAUGAAAUUAAAAAAAAUUCCAAAAAAAUUCCUUUUUAUCAAAAAACUGGAUAUACUUGUAGACGCUGUUUUCUUCUUAAAGAAUAUAAUUUUUUGUUAAAUGUAAAUGUUUGUGAACUCGAUUAUAAUGCAAUGAUGGGACAUUUAAAAUUAGUUCAAGAAGCUCUAAUCCUUUUAAUUGUUGAUUUGACUGAUUUACACAGUUCCAUUCAUCGUGAUUUGCCGAGGAUUAUAGGGCCUAAAAAGCCUUUAAUUGUUGUUGGAAAUAAGGUAGAUUUAUUACCCCCUGACACUCGAACAGGAUAUUUGCGUCAUUACCAAAGAUGUCUUAAAAAUGCAAUAUCUGAAGCGGGAAUAUCUCAAGAAUUUAAUAUUUUAAAAUAUAUGUUAAUUAGUGCAAAAACAGGUUUUGGAAUAGAAGAAAUGAUAACUAAUAUUUAUCAAAAUUGGAUUGGACCAAGAGGAGUAUUAAGAGGAGAUAUUUAUGUGAUAGGAUCUACUAAUGCUGGAAAAUCGACCUUGUUUAACACUUUAAUUCAAUCUGAUUUGUGUAAAGUUAGAGCAAUGGAUUUGGUUGAAAGAGUGACAACUUCAAUAUGGCCAGGUACAACACUUUCUUUACUUAAAUUUCCCUUAAUGAAUCCAACACCUCAAAGAAUGGAAAUGAGAAGAAAAAGAUUAAUUAGUUUAAAUUCUUGGAGAAGUAAAGAAGAAUUCGUUCGUAAAUCUUUUUAUGAAAAAACUAGUGAUACGAAAUAUGCUGUUUUGCAAGGAAUUGUUGAAAAUACGUUCAAGGAAAAAGAAGACGAUUUACAACCAAUUUCAACCUCAAAAAUUAUAAAACAAUUUAAUAAUGAAUUAGAUGCAAAUGAGGUAGAAGAAUUGAUUAAUGAAUCCGAAAAAGUGCCUAAUAUGACUUUGAAUGAUAGAGUUUUUAUGAAAGGAUUUUGGUGUUUCGAUACUCCUGGAACUGUGAAUAAACAACAGAUAUUAGAUUUAUUUACUUUGAAAGAAUUAAUUAAUAUAAUUCCUCGUUCAAUAAUUUUGCCACGUAUAUUUAUUCUUUAUCCAAAUGAAAGUUUACUUUUGGGUGGAGUUGGAAGAAUUGAUUUAUUGAGUGAUGACUCAACUGCUAAAAAUAUGCCUAUUUUUUUGACAGUUUUUGCUAGUGAAAAUUUAAAAGUUAAUGUAAUGAGAACAAAUUAUGUUGACACUUUUCUUGAAAGAAAUAGAGGAAAUCCAUCACUUGGUGCGCCUAUCGGAAAUGCUGAAAGAUUAAAUAAAUUCCCAAAGUUGGAAUAUAAAGAUUUUUUAAUUGAAAAUGUUUUUUAUUUGGAAGACGAUGAACGUGGAAUUGCUGAUAUAGUUUUGUCUUCACUUGGUUGGGUACUUGUGACAACUAAAAUGAGCAGUGUUAAUAUACGUGCUUGGACACAUUCCGGCCGUGGUUUAAUAACUCGACAACCUCCAAUCUUGCCCUAUGCUGCUGCUUAUCGUGGAAGAAAAAUUUUUGGAACUUCAACUUUUCAAACUAAAAAAUUGGCAGAAAUUGAAACAUUCUCCCACACCCAACGAAGUGUUAAACCUGGAAAAAUUGUUGGGAAAAAUUAUGAAAUUGAUUCUUCUUAUAAUGAACCAUAUCGUUUUGUUAAUUUUGAUAUAGUUUAA